AUGCCUGCCAUUCCAGCCUGCAGCCUGCGCCAAUUGGGCAAUUUUCCACGAAAAUGGGCGUUCCCAGCACACUUGGUCGCUGGUCGACGGGUCGGCGGAUACAGAUACAUCUCGCUACAAGCGACGCCAUCGACGGAUACCAGCAGGAUCGACGUCGGAAGUAGGUCUCUGUCUGCCUCGUCUCCAGAUGCCAGCUUCGAAGUCAUUGGCAGUCCGUACUCUUUACUUUCCGUGACCCUUUCUCCUUCUCAAGAUCUCUACACACGUCGAGGAACGUUAGUAGCCUUUGGCGGCGACCCGGACGGCACGGUCUCGGCGCUUCGAAUGUUGAACCCCGUCCGUCGAGCCUUGGUUGGAAUCCCCUUUCUCUACCAGAAAGUCACGAGUACGUCGCCGGCGAACGCCCUCAUAUCGACGCGGUCGCCCUUGACCACGUUCACGAUCCUACAGCUGGACGGCACGACGGACUGGAAACUGGCACAGAGAAAAGCGUUGCUGGCGUGGACGGGAAGCACGCUGUCGGUGAAGCCGAGCCUGAAUGCCAAACUGUCGUUGGCGUACUGGGGCAGUUCCGACGUGACUGGGAGAGGACUGCUUGCCCUCGCGGGCCAAGGACAAGUCUACGCGGUCGAACUGGCCGAGGGGGAGUCCUACGUCGUUCACCCUUCGAACGUGCUCGCGUACACGGCCUCGUCGCCUUCUCCUCGUCCCCAGCCGUACAGAUUCAAGUCCAACAACGUCCGGCUGCAGAUACCCCUGCAACUGGGAAACUUCUUCCCGUCUUCGAAGUUUGUGCGGACGUUGAAGACAAGCACCGCGUACAAGUUCUUGGCCAACGCCUUGCUCAGAGUGCGGACGUGGAGCCGCAGGACGUUGUGGGGUGACAGGCUGUUCCUGCAGUUUCGCGGCCCGACGACGCUGCUCAUCCAGAGUCGGGCACCUAGGGUCACUGACGUUCUGACCGCGCAGGAAGUCAAUGAGAUCGCGGACGCUCCGGCCGGAAGCGUGGUGGAAGCCAUCGACAAUGCUCGGGAGGCGGAAAAGGCCAGGAGCGAAGCGUCGGCGUCGACACCAUCAGCGACACCCAAGUCUCAACCUAAGCUGUCCACCGCCACGGUAGGAAAGGACGGAAAGGUCACGUUCAGUUAA